GACAACCUUUCAGGAAGAGAGAAAGAGCGAAAUCCGGACACCGAGCCCGGGCUCCUAGGAACCGCGGAGCUCGCCCCACCAUCGACCGCCCCGAGAUUUGAAAUCCAAUGAACCCAGUCCUGGGACACGCACGCUGCCCGGCUGCCAUCGAGGGCGCCCGGAGCUGUGGUCGUGAGCUGGCUGUCACUGACACCGCCGCGCUAGGUGCGCGCCCGGCUCUGCCAUUGGUAUGCAGCGACCAUUUCCUUGCAAGUCUCCGAGGUGGAAACAUUGAAAAGGAUUACAAGCGUGAUUCGGUAGCCUGGCUGAAAGUUAGUGGCUGGAAGAGGUGAAGCCGCCAGGCUGCCGGAGGAUGGAUACAAUUCAGCCGCCCAGAGAGUUUGCCCCUCCCGCCGGGAAGCCCCUCGGAGCAAACCUAGGAGAUUGUGAGCGCUCGGCACCGAUAGGUACUCGUCGCCAUCGUUUCCUACUCCGCCUGAUUGAAAUCAGCGUUUUCUAGCCGCUAGAUGUGCGUGGCGAAGCACGUUGAGUUUGGCCGCGGUAGCUUUCUGUACGCUCACAGGUGCUCGGGGGUUUGUUGCAUUUUUGAAUUGGAUCAAUUAGGUAUUAGGACGACGGUGGAAGGAGGGUACUGGACAGUGAUACACCCUCGAACCCCUUUUCUGUGGGGGAGGAAAUCUUUUGUAAUCAGCCACGAAUGAUGAAACCUUCCAUAGCUGAGAUGCUCCACAGAGGGAGGAUGCUGUGGAUCAUUCUUCUAAGCACACUUGCUCUAGGAUGGACUACCCCAAUCCCCCUGAUAGAGGACUCAGAGGAAAUAGAUGAGCCCUGUUUUGAUCCAUGCUACUGUGAAGUUAAAGAAAGCCUCUUUCAUAUACAUUGUGACAGUAAAGGAUUUACAAAUAUUAGUCAGAUUACUGAGUUCUGGUCAAGACCUUUUAAACUAUAUCUACAGAGGAAUUCAAUGAGGAAAUUAUACACCAACAGUUUUCUUCAUUUGAAUAACGCCGUGUCUAUUAACCUUGGGAACAAUGCAUUGCAGGACAUUCAAACUGGAGCUUUCAAUGGUCUUAAGAUUUUAAAGAGGCUCUAUCUUCAUGAAAACAAACUAGAUGUCUUCAGGAAUGAUACCUUCCUCGGCUUGGAAAGUCUGGAAUAUCUGCAGGCAGAUUACAAUGUCAUUAAACGUAUCGAGAGUGGGGCAUUUCGGAACCUAAGUAAAUUGAGGGUCCUGAUCUUAAAUGACAAUCUCAUUCCCAUGUUGCCAACUAAUUUAUUUAAGGCUGUCUCUUUAACUCAUUUGGACCUCCGUGGAAACAGGUUAAAGGUUCUCUUUUACCGAGGAAUGCUGGAUCACAUUGGCAGAAGCCUGAUGGAGCUCCAGCUGGAAGAAAAUCCCUGGAACUGUACGUGCGAGAUUGUACAACUGAAGAGUUGGCUGGAACGCAUCCCUUACACGGCCCUGGUGGGAGACAUCACCUGUGAGACCCCUUUCCAUUUCCAUGGGAAGGACCUGCGGGAAAUCAAGAAGACAGAACUCUGUCCUUUAUUGUCUGACUCUGAGGUGGAGGCUAGUUUGGGGAUUCCCCAUUUGUCAUCCAGCAAGGAGAAUGCAUGGCCAACUAAGCCUUCCUCAAUGUUGUCUUCUGUCCACUUCACUGCUUCUUCUGUUGAAUACAAGUCUUCGAACAAACAGCCUAAACCCACCAAGCAGCCGCGAACGCCAAGGCCACCCUCCACAUCCCAAGCUUUAUACCCUGGUCCCAACCAACCUCCCAUCGCUCCUUAUCAGACCAGACCACCAAUUCCCAUUAUAUGCCCUACUGGGUGUACCUGUAAUUUGCAUAUCAAUGACCUUGGCUUGACUGUCAACUGCAAAGAGAGAGGAUUUAAUAACAUUUCUGAACUUCUUCCAAGGCCACUGAAUGCCAAGAAACUGUACCUGAGUAGCAAUCUGAUUCAGAAAAUUUACCGUUCUGAUUUUUGGAAUUUUUCUUCCUUGGACCUCUUGCAUCUGGGGAACAAUCGUAUUUCUUAUGUCCAGGAUGGGGCCUUCAUCAACCUCCCCAACCUUAAGAGCUUGUUUCUCAAUGGCAAUGACAUCGAGAAGCUGACCCCAGGCAUGUUCCGAGGCCUCCAGAGUCUGCACUACUUGUACUUUGAAUUCAAUGUCAUCCGGGAAAUCCAGCCUGCAGCCUUCAGCCUCAUGCCCAACUUGAAGCUGCUGUUCCUCAACAAUAACUUGCUGAGGACCCUGCCAACGGAUGCCUUCGCAGGCACGUCCCUUGCCCGGCUCAACUUGAGAAAAAACUACUUUCUCUACCUUCCUGUGGCUGGUGUGCUGGAACACUUGAAUGCCAUCGUCCAGAUAGACCUCAAUGAGAACCCUUGGGACUGCACGUGUGACCUGGUCCCCUUUAAACAGUGGAUCGAAACCAUUAGCUCCGUCAGCGUGGUAGGGGAUGUGCUUUGCAGGAGCCCCGAGAACCUCACCCACCGGGAUGUGCGCACUAUUGAGCUGGAAGUCCUCUGCCCAGAGAUGCUGCACGUGGCACCAGCUGGAGCAUCCCCAGCCCAGCCUGGAGAUUCUCACCUCGUCGGAGGGCCAACAAGCGCCUCCCCCUACGAGUUCUCACCUCCUGGGGGUCCUGUGCCACUCUCGGUGUUGAUCCUCAGCCUGCUGGUUCUGUUCUUCUCCGCAGUCUUUGUUGCUGCAGGCCUCUUCGCCUAUGUGCUCCGACGGCGUCGGAAGAAGCUGCCCUUUCGAAGCAAGAGGCAAGAAGGCGUGGACCUUACUGGCAUCCAGAUGCAAUGCCACCGGCUGUUUGAAGAUGGUGCAGGUGGUGGCAAUGGCAAUGGUGGUGGAGGCAGACCAACCCUUUCCUCCCCGGAGAAGGCCCCACCUGUGGGUCACGUGUAUGAGUACAUCCCCCACCCCGUUACCCAGAUGUGCAACAACCCCAUCUACAAGCCUCGUGAAGAGGAGGAGGUGGCUGUCUCCUCUGUCCAGGAAGGAGGGGGUGCAGAACGUGGGGGUCCUGGGACGCAGCCCCCAGGAAUGGGUGAGGUUCUCCUAGGGAGCGAGCAGUUUGCUGAGACACCCAAGGAGAACCACAGCAACUACCGGACCUUGCUGGAAAAAGAGAAGGAGUGGGCCCUGGCGGUGUCCAGCUCCCAGCUCAACACCAUAGUGACGGUGAAUCACCAUCACCCCCACCCGCACCACCCGGCAGCUGGUGGGGUUUCCGGGGGAGUUGGGGGCACUGGGGGAGACUUGGCUGGGUUUCGCCACCAUGAGAAGAAUGGUGGGGUGGUGCUGUUUCCUCCCGGGGGAGGCUGUGGAGGUGGCAGUAUGCUACUAGACCGGGAGAGGCCACAGCCCGCCCCCUGCACAGUGGGAUUUGUGGACUGUCUCUAUGGAACAGUGCCCAAAUUAAAGGAACUGCACGUCCAUCCUCCUGGCAUGCAAUACCCAGACUUACAGCAGGAUGCCAGGCUCAAAGAAACCCUUCUCUUCUCGGCUGGAAAGGGCUUCACAGACCACCAAACCCAAAAAAGUGAUUACCUCGAGUUAAGGGCCAAACUUCAAACCAAGCCGGAUUACCUCGAAGUCCUGGAGAAGACCACAUAUAGAUUCUAACAGAAAGAAGAAAAUAAAUUAGUGGGUUUUUUUGUUCCCCAAAAGAAAAGGAAAAAUAAAAGAAAUAUAUCCCUGCUCCCUUCACACUUGUCCCAGUAACUCCAUCCUGAUGACCUUCCCCGCCCUACACAGAACUGAAACCGCAUGAUAACUAGAAAAUACAGAUGUGUGCCCUUCCCCUCUCAGAUGUGAUCUGGAGGAAGGGCCAUACUCAGAUCAUUAAUCAAUGAAGUGCCUUCGCAGACUUUUGCCAGCAAAUGUUAUCAUUAUUUUUUUAUACUGAACCUUGAGACUUUGACUGUGCCAUGUAUAAGGUAUAUUGGGGAUCGUUGUAUUGAUCCUAAUUAAGUAAAAUUCAAUGUGUCUUUUUAUUUUCAGUAACUUUUUUGGGGGUAUAGUUCUGUUUGACAGGGAGGGGGGGAAACAAGUUGACAUUUGUGGCUUUCUUUCCUCUUCCCAUCAUGGCACGGAUUCUGUACAUGUAUUAACAAUGCAGUUUGCUGCAUGCCUGGAAACUGCAAGACGGGGAGGGAGGGGGCGGGUCUUGCUCGAAUGUUCUCACUCACUCUGUCUCUCACACACGUACCCAUAUGCAAAACCCAAGUCUCUGCACACAGUUAGGUCCCUAAACCUUCAGCCUCUUCCCACUGAUGCAGGUACAUGCUCAUACACUCCCCCGCACACACACACACCACUACCUUCAACCCAGCCUGCCUAGUUUGGGUUGGAACUGUCCGUCUCCUCUCCAUAGCGCCACCUGUCCUCCAUCCCUGGUGUACAGCGCGCAGCGUCUCUCCUGCCACCCUGAGAGAAGUCACAUUCUUGGCUGGAUCCUACCGAAGUGGAGGCCUGGUGGUUUAACAGCUGGAGACACACACCUAGGGAGGAGCAUCCUCUUGGUGACACUUCACCCCGAUGCCAAGAUUUUUUGGAGAACAUCUGCACUUUCUUAUAUAUAUAUAUAUAUAUAAAUAUAAAUAUAAAUAUAUACUAUUAAAAAAAUAAAAAAAGCAACUGGGUAUAUAUCACUAACCGCUUUGUAGGAAGCACUUUUAAUGUUUUCUCUCACACACAAAGAUUCAAAAGAAAUGUGCAUAUAUUUAUUCUGUAAUUUCAGUGAUUAUAAAUUGUAAAGGUAAUGUUUAAUCAUUGUACAGUGAUUAUGCGUCUGGUAUAGCUUUCCUAAUAAAACGUUUUUGAAAAACAUAAUACAUUAUAUAUAGAAGAUACAAAGCUUGAACCUUAAAUUCCAGCUAUGCCAUGCCUUUUCUGCUCCCAUUUUUUAGAAAAUGAUUUCUUUUAUUUGUAAUACAGACAGCUAAUUUAUGAACAGGCUUGAUGCACUGUGAUGUUGACAAAUCUUCUAACUCGCCACCCCCAUCCCAUCCGAGGAUACUGAAUAUUGAGAAUUAACAAACAUGAUUUACCGUUCAUAUCUUUGUCUUGGAUUAUGAAAUUUCCUUCUUAGUAUCCCAACGAUGGACCAUUUGUUAGACAGGCUGCAACAGGGAGAAAAUAAGAUAACGAGAUUGCUAAGAAGUACGGAAUUGAUUAAGAGAAAAUAAGAAAAGAUCCAUGCAUCUUAAGAUAGUAAGUGACCUAAAGGAAAAGUAAAAUUGCUUUUCUUUUAAAAAUAUGCACUGAAACUACACAUGACCACACACUCAACCUCCCAGCACACGCACACCCCCGCAUCGCCCACCUGGAAUUAAAGGUCUUGGAGCCAGUUUGACUGUCAGAAUGCUGUGGUCUGUAGAAGAUGUCAUAGUAUAUUUGGCUACUGUUUUUGUUAUAACCAUUUACAGGAACCGGCCCUAGUAAUGCUUGAACUAAGACAAAAGACGCAAAAUGAGUUUUUCUUUCUGUACGACAUUAAAAUAAUGUGUAACAAUUAACCUGACAAUACUACAAUUUAUGAUCCACUUAUAUGUGACCGAAACCAAAGAAAAUUGGAUAUUUAAGGUGCCAUUACCUUGUUUGUGGAGGAAACUGACGAAUAGGAACCGGCGAGCUUUAAGGAAGGCACUUAUUUCACUAGGCCAGUAGAGGGCAGCAGAGAUCCAGAGACCCACAGACUCAGCAAGUUGCAGGAACGUGUGUGAGUCUGGGGUUCUCUGUUAGUGUUUCCUCAAGCUGUCUUUAGUAGAGAUUAUCAUUAUAUGUUGAAUGUAAAAUUCAUCACCAAUCACUGAUGCCUUACAUCACUUUUAUUCCACAGAAAAACCCCGAAACUUACAGCUUCUAAUGCUGUGUGGCUGAUAGAAGACUGAAGCACUGUACUUAACUAAAUGGCCCACUGAAUGCCUAGAACAUGUUUAUAUAAGUCUUGAUGAAGUACAUAUAAUUAUCCACAUAGGUAUGCAUACAAAUAGAAAACACAAGUAUAUCAAUAUAAAAGUGCAAACUGUCAGGGCUACUUUGCAUUUGACAUACUGUUUUACUUUUGUCCUCAAUUACAUUAAAUCUAUUUUGGCAUAUUUUAGGGGAAAAAAAGCCCACAAAUUUAUUAUCUCUUUAUGUACAAUACUGAAAUGGAAAUCUUAUUCAAGAUUGUAUGGCCCACUGUUAAAUAGGCAUCGUUCUUUUUGCUUGUUUUCUUUUCUCUCCCUGUUUUUUUCUUUUUUUUUAACAUGACCAUAGUCUUUUUUUCUAGUUAUCUCAUUUUCCUUAUUCUUUCCAAUAAUUUCUCUGUCCUUCACCAAAUUCUUUUUACUUUUAAAGCCAAGAAAGCCAGUACUACUCCUUAAGUAUUUUACAACCUGAUGUUUGGAUUCCUUCUAAAAAAGGAUUAAUUAUACUUCCAUUCUUUCCAAUCAAAUGUUGUAUUUUGGAGAGUAAAAUGCAUUUGCAUAGUGAAAGCAAAAAACGCAAAACUAGAUAUUUCUGAUAGUGGUAAUCAGUCCUUAAUAACCAUGCAUAUAUUCAUAACAUGGUAUAUUAUACAAAUCAGGUUAAAGAACAAUUUCUAAAGACCCUGGUGCUUUUGACAUUUAA